GCAGGACACUUUUCUUCCCCGAACACAAUAGACGUGGCGGCUGGAGCUCCUCAAGACAGUGGCGGAGGAAAGGUCUACGUCUUCAGAAUUGAAGGAACUGCUCUUGUGAAGAUCUUUCAAGCCUCAGGGAAAAUGUUGACCUGAACGCGGACGGACUGUCGGACUUGCUGGUGGGAGCACCAAUGCACAGCGAGAUCCGGGACGAAGGCCAGGUUUCUGUUUACCUCAGCAGUGGCAACGGAGUAAUGGAGGAAGUUGCGAUACUGAAUGGUGAUAAUGCAUAUAACGCUCAUUUUGGAGAGUGCAUCACGUCUCUCGGGGACAUCGAUGACGAUGGCUAUCAAGAUGUGGCAAUUGGAGCUCCUGAAGAGGAUGACUAUGGGGGAGCUGUUUACAUCUACCAUGGAGAUGCCAGAGGAAUAGUUAACAAGUACUCGAUGAGAUUGUCUGGACGGAGCAUCAACCCCACCCUCCAAAUGUUCGGCCAGUCAAUAUCCGGCAAUGUGGACAUGGAUGGAAACGGAUAUCCAGAUGUGACGAUCGGUGCAUUCAUGGCUGACAGUGUGGUCUUGUUAAGGUCGAGGCCAGUGAUCUCUGUGGAUGUGUCCAUCUUUCUGCCCGUCUCUAUAAACAUCACAGUCCCGCAGUGUCACGAGGGCCCUCAGCAUCUCAACUGCUUCAACGUCACCGUCUGCAUGAGCUUCAGAGGAAAACAUGUUCCUGGACACAUCGAGUUGCUGUACAAUCUAACAGCAGAUUCGGAUAAGAGACACAAAGGGCUGCCACCGCGGGCAUAUUUUGGAAACGGUGGCGAGCAAACAGGUGUUGUAAGUCAGAGAUUCAACCUGGAGAUCCACCGACAGCAGUGCCAUCAGUACACAGCCUUUGUACGGAAAGAAGUGAAAGAUGUGUUUGCCGCCAUUGUGUUUGAGGCAGCCUAUAGUUUAGGAAAACACAUUGUUGAUGAACAUCAGGACCGUGAUCUUCCCCCUCUGUCUCCUAUAUUACGCUGGAAAAAAGGAGAGAAGAUCGCAGCGAAAAACGAGACGUGGUUUGAGAAAAACUGUCUAUCAGAUGACUGCGCCGCUGACCUCCAGCUUCAUGGGAAACUGCUGCUGUCUGGGCGUUACAUCAGUUCUCAUCUGGCUCUUGGUGGAGUCAAAAAUGUCUCAUUAAAUCUGACCAUCUCUAACGCUGGAGACGACGCUUAUGACACCAACAUUUACUUCAACUUCUCCAAAGAGGUUCAUUAUAUCAACUUCCUGCAAAGAGAAGAAAAGGGCAUUUCCUGUAUGCUGGUAGAGCUGGACUUCCUCAAGUGUAGCGUUGGCUUUCCUUUCAUGAGGGCACAAACCAAGUACCAUAUAUCGGCACUUUUUGACACGAGUCGUCUGUCCGGUGAAAACGAAACGCUGUUGUUUUUGGUGCACGCUAGAAGUGCCAAUCCAGAACAUGACAACACUCUUCAUGAUAACACAUUGGAGUUGUCAAUUCCGCUGGUACAUGAAGUGGACACAACAAUCACAGGUGUGGUCAACCCUACAUCUUUUGUGUAUGGAAACUCAGUAGACCGAUCGCGCUUCGUCCAGCUGGAGGACAUGGAGUGCAGCUUUCAACCGCUUAACUUCACUUUUCAGGUGAUAAACAAUGGACCCAGCAGACUUCCAGGCUCCAGGGUGGACAUCAGGAUCCCCCACCGGCUGGCUGGCAGCGGACCCGAAAUGUUCCAUAUCAUUGACACACAAGUGUCAGACGCUCGAGGGAACUGUACAUGGCACAGAAACCCCAAACCCUGCACAAUCCCGCAGGACAAAGAGAGCAUCUUCCACACCAUCUUCGCCUUCUUCACCAAAUCUGGCAGAAAAGUUCUGGACUGCGAUCGGCCCGGUCGAGCAUGUUUGACUAUUUCCUGCAGUCUCGGCUCUCAGGCUAAAGAAGAAGCCACAAGUAUAGAUGUGCAAAUGCUACUGAACACUGAAAUACUGCAGAGGGACAGCUCCUCUGUGAUCCAGUUUGUGACUCGAGGUCACGUCCAGCUGGACGACAGGACCGUGGAGGUCUCAAGCGGACUUCCAGAUGAUAUUUCUCUGGUGAUGGAGGCUCUGCACAGUCAGGAGCCGCGGGGUUAUGUGGUGGGCUGGAUCAUCGCCAUCAGUCUGCUGGUGGGAAUCCUCAUCUUUCUGCUGCUGGCGGUGCUGCUCUGGAAGAUGGGAUUCUUCAGGAGGCAUUACCGAGAGAUCAUAGAAGCGGAAAAGAACAGGAAGGACAGCGAUGAAAGCUGGGAUUGGGUCCAGAAGAGCCAAUGAGAGCUUGGAUUGGGUUCAGAAAAUCCAAUAAGCUGCUACCUUCACCAUGGCCCUCCAGCCUUCCAUAUGUGGAAGAAAAGAAUAUUCUCCCGAUUUUCCGGAGGUUUGACACUUUUUUUUUUAUUUUCUGUUGUUGUUGUUUGGUUGACGUUUGGAAGAGACAAAAAAGACUCACAGUGGAUUCCAUUGCUCCCAAUGGGAAAAGCCUCUCGCCGAUGGGUCUGAAGAGACGGAAAGAGAGAUUUCCUGGAACGGAUGUGGAUAUUGUGUCAAUACUAGCAGACAAUUACAACCCUCAGGGCGCUGUUGAAAAAGCAAAAAAUCUAUUUUUUAUAAAAUGUAUUCCAUACUGUAUAGGAGAAGAGAGCUUCAAGAGAUGUUUUCAAAGCACUGAUGACUAAAGAGCGGACGUUAUUCCUGGGUGCUUUUCAGAUCAACACAAACUGCACCUCUUUGUCCUCUGUUCAUUCACAGAGAAUGCAAAGCAAAGGUCCUUCAGUUGGGAAACUCUUGAGUUACUUUGGAGUGUUUGCAUGACUUCAACUAGAACAUUUACGAUGGUCGUUUACACAAUGGCAUCGUCUUGGGGACCUGACAAUGGGUUUUUGAACAUCUAAAUAUUGUCUUUAGUACAUGGUUAAAGGAACACUCCUGAGUUGAGUUUGGCCAUUUUUGAAUUCAUUCAGCCAAACUUCAGGUCUGUCGGGAGCACUUUUAGCUUAGCUUAGCAUAGAUGUUUGAAUCGAAUUAGACCGUUAGCAUCAAGACUUUCAAUGAUCUUCCUAUUUAAAGCUUGGCUCUUGUGUAGUUACAUCAUGUACUAAGACAGAAUAUGAAAAGAUGUUAUUUUCUAGGCUAAUAUGGCCAGAAACUAUAUUCAUUCUGACGUAAUGAUAAAAAAACUGCAUCAAAUUAUUGCGAUAUCAAAUAUGAAAGUUCCUUGAUUGAGUGAUCUGCAGAAAUCCCAACUUGGGAAAAGUUAUUUCCAGGUGAUUUGCGGGAGGUUGCAGGAGUUUUGGGGGAGCGGGGAUGGAGUGGUUGGUGCAUCACGUAUUUAAAGAACGUGGGGCGGGGGGAUUGGAGGGGGAUGUGUGCAACGUAUUUGAAUACCCUGGGAGGGAUGCAGUGGAGAGGGGUGCAUGACAUAUUCGAGGACUGGGAAAAGCGCGAUUUCCGAGAGAUUAUUGUUCAUAUGUGGGCGCCCGGAAGUCUCUGUGCAUAUACGGAAGACUUCCAGAAGACUUGGGAUUGUCUGGAUCUGUGCUACGCUGUGCUAAAAGUGCUUUGCCAGACAUGAAAAUCAGGUGAAUAAAUUAAAAAUGGUUAAACUCAGCUGUUUAACUAUGGAGAGCUGUAAAAUGAACCUAUUACUAAAUUAGAGUGUUUCUUUAAAUCAGGGGUCACCAAUCUCGGCCCUGGAGGGCCGGUGUCCCUGCAGGGUUUAGCUCCAACUUGCCGAAACACACCUGCCUGGAUGUUUCAAGUAUACCUAGUAAGACCUUGAUUAGCUUGUUCAGGUGAGUUUGAUUAGAAAAUCUGUAGGGCACCGGCCCUCCAGGAACAAGUUUGGUGACCACUGCUUUAAAUAGAAAACUAGUCAAUUUUGAACCACAUGCUAAUGGUCUAAUCUGAUUCAAUGGCUGAGCUAAAAGCGCUCCCACCAGACUCGUAGAUCGGCUGAAUGGAUUCAAAAAUGGUUCAACUCAGCUGUUUAACUCUAUGGGGAGCUGUAAAAUGAGCUUAUUACUAAAGUAAAGGUGUUCUUUUAAAUAGGAAAGUUAUUAAAAUUGGUCAUUGGUCAGAGCGAUACCCUAAUGGUCUAAUCUGAAUCAGUGAUCUCUGCUAAGGUAAGUUAAGCUAAAAGCGCUCCCGCUAGAUUCAAAACUGGUAAAACUCAGCUGUUUAACUCUAUGGGGAGCUGUAAAAUGACCCAUUGCUAAAAAAAUAAAAUAAAAUAAGUGGACCAUUUCUAUAAAUGGCAAAGUUAUUGAAUAUGAUCCAAUCUGAUUAAUUGAUCUGUGCUAAGAUAAAAGUGCUCCCGCUGGACCCAGAGAUUACCUGAAUGGAAAAAAAAGAAGUAAAACUCAGCAGUUUUAUUCUAGGGGAGCUGUAAAAUGAGCAUCUUACUAAACUAGUGGAGUGUUCCUUUGAAUAGGAAAGUUAUUGAAACUGGUUAUUUUUGAGUGAUGUGCUAAUGGUCUAAUCUUAUUUAAUGAUCUAUGCUAAGUUAAGCUAAAAGACCCGAAGAUUGGCCAUAUGGUUCAAAAAAUGAUUAAACUCAGCUGUUUAACUCUAGGGAGAGCUGUAAAAUUAUUAAAAUAUUAAUAAAAUAAAGGUGUUCCUUUAAAUAGGAAAAUUAUUGAAACUGGUCAAUUUUGAGCAAGAUGCUAAUGGUCUAAUUUGAUUUAAUAAUCUAUGCUAAGCUAAGCUAAAAGACCCAAAGAUUGGCUGUAUGGUUUAAAAAAUGGUUAAACUCAGCUGUUUAACUCAAGGGAGAGCUGUAAAAUGAGCCUGUUACUAAAAUAAAGGUGUUUCUUUGAAUAGCAAACUUAUUAAAACUUGUCAAUUUUGAGCAAGAUGCUAAUGGUCUAAUCUGAUUCAAUUAUCUAUGCUAAGCAAAGCUAAAAGUACUCCCACCAGACCCAAAGAUCGGAUGAAUGGAUUAAAAAAUGGUUAAACUCAGCUGUUUUACUCCAUAGAGAGCUGUAAAAUGAGCCUAUUACUAAAAUAAAGGUGUUAUUUUAAAAAGAAAAAUUAUCAAAACUACUAAAUUUUGAGCAAGAUGCUAAUGGAUUCAAUGAUAGAUGCUAAGCUAAGCUAAAAGACCCAAAGAUUGGCUGUAUGGUUUAAAAAAUGGUUGAACUCAGCUUUUAAACUCUAGGGAGAGCUGUAAAAUGAGCCUAUUACUAAAAUAAUGGUGUCCUUUAAAUAGGAAAGUUAUUAAAAGUAGUCACAUUUUGAGCAAGAUGCUAAUAGUCUAAUCUGAUUCACAGAUCUAUGUUAAGCUAAGCUAAAAGUACCCCCACCAGACCCAAAGAUCGGCUGAAUGGAUUAAAAAAAUGGCUAAACUCAGCUGUUUUACUCUAUAGAGAGCUGUAAAAUGAGCCUAUUACUAAAAUAAAGGUGUUCCUUCAAAUAGGAAAGUUAUUGAAAGUAGUCAAUUUUGAGCAAGAUGCUAAUGGUCUAAUCUGAUUCAAUGAUCUAUGCUAAGCUAAGCUAAAAGUGCUACCGCCAGACCCGAAGAUUGGCUGAAUGGAUUUAAAAAAUGGUAAAACUCAAUUAAACUAUUACUAAAAUAAAGGUGUUAUUUUAAAAAGACAAGUUAUCAAAACUACUAAAUUUUGAGCAAGAUGCUAAUGGAUUCAAUGAUAGAUGCUAAGCUAAGCUAAAAGACCCAAAGAUUGGCUGUAUGGUUUAAAAAAUGGUUGAACUCAGCUUUUAAACUCUAGGGAGAGCUGUAAAAUGAGCCUAUUACUAAAAUAAUGGUGUCCUUUAAAUAGGAAAGUUAUUAAAAGUAGUCACAUUUUGAGCAAGAUGCUAAUAGUCUAAUCUGAUUCACAGAUCUAUGUUAAGCUAAGCUAAAAGUACUCCCACCAGACCCAAAGAUCGGCUGAAUGGAUAAAAAAAAUGGUUAAACUCAGCUGUUUUACUCUAUAGAGAGCUGUAAAAUUAGCCUAUUACUAAAAUAAAGGUGUUCCUUCAAAUAGGAAAGUUAUUAAAAGUAGUCACAUUUUGAGCAAGAUGCUAAUGGUCUAAUCUGAUUCAAUGAUCUAUGCUAAGCUAAGCUAAAAGUGCUACCGCCAGACCCGAAGAUUGGCUGAAUGGAUUUAAAAAAUGGUAAAACUCAAAUGUUUUUUUACUCUAGGGGGAGCUAUUUCCAAAACAAGUGUUGCUUUUAUAUGUCAAUGUACCUUGAAUGUCAUGUGGAUGAACAGUUAUUGCAAAAAAACAAAAACAGACGUCAUUGUAACUGCUCGAGGUGUUCAUUUCAGUCCAGUUGUGCUAAAAAAAAAACACAUUCUUAGCUCAAACACAUUUUGUUCAUUAUAUGUGAAAUUCACAGCUUGGAGCAUUAUUUGUACCGCACUGGAUAUUGACCCACUGAAAGAUGCACGUUAUUUCACCUUCAUAACCUUCCACCAAAAACAUAUGACCUUUUUACCUUAUUUUCCAAACUACCUAUCAGAUAUCUCCACAAUCUUACUCCAUUCAUAACCAGCGAAAUCAAAUCCUCUCAGAAAUGUCGCAAUUAGUUUGACUUCAGGAUGUCAAGAUAAACACUCAUCUGCAGAACGUUAUAUAAGAGACACAUUCCAAGUCGGCUCACUAAUAAAACACUUUAAAUCUGCCAAAUAUUCUGCAAACAUUCGGACUGGAUUUACAAGCAUGUUCUGCAUAUUUUCUUCUACAGUAAACAUGACGUAUUACUGUGUGUCUCCUGUUUUUUAAACACAUUUCUUUUUUUUUUUUUGAAGACUGCAUAGACCCAGGUUUUACCCAGACUAAAAUAGAUGAGAAUGUGCAGUAUUCAUCACUGAAGCUGAUGGGAACAGCUUGUUUUAAGUCAACAUUUUGGACGUCACAAACAUUCUGCUUCAACACUCAAACCGAGCUUGAAAAUAGUAGGCUUCUUAGGUUUACUGAUUAAACUUGGUUGCAUGUUUUUCUACAUAAGGGGUUACCAAUCUCGGUGUCCAUGCGGGGUUUAGCUUCAACUUGCCUCACCACACCUGCCUGGAUGUUUCAAGUAUACCUAGUAAGACCUUGAUUAGCUUAUUUAGAUAUGUUUGAUUAGGGUUGGUGCUAAAAUCUGCAGUACACCGACCCUCCUGGAGUAAAUUUGGUGACCCCUGAUCUCUCAUUUUGGGAGGGUUUGUUUGAAAAUGAAAUUUUCAUCGGCCUUUAUCAAUUGGAUAUUACAUGAUUUCCUAAGAAAAACGUAUGGUUUAUUUGAUUAAUAAUCUUUCCCAGUACUGGGUUGCAGCUGGAAGGACAUCCACUGUGUAAAACACAUGCUGGAAUAGUUGGCGGUUAAUUCCGCUGUGGCAACACCUGAUUAAUAAGGGACUGAGCUGAAGGUAAAUGAUAGAUCCAUAAUCACCACUUGCUUGGCAAAAACACGUCUGGAUUUCUGGCCUGAUUCUUCAUAGGUGUUUUUUUUUUUUUUACUAAGAGAGACUUGACAUUGUAAGUGUGUACCAUAACUGUGAGUGUUGUUGCCAUUAUCACCUAUUUUGAGCAUUUUAGAAUAAACUACUGUCACUGAAUUUCAGUUGUAUAGAUGUAUUAAGGAAUAUGUUUGUUGUACAAGCUCAAGCUGUAUAUUUAUCUCUUGAAACUGCCAUUUUCAAAUUAAAAAUCACAAACAGA